GGGAGGGCUAAACGUUCCGGGUUACGGGUCCUGAAAGGGGGUUGGCUCCAGCCGAUCUGGCAACUGCGUGCUAGGGUUCAACCGCAUCACGUCGAUCCCGUCAUACAAACUCCGGCGUGUAGCAUCUACGCUCGCUCAGAUCAAAUUAAAAUCUGUCCUUAUCCACGUGUUGUAACCAGUCAUGGCUGAUGAGGGAUACGUUGUUCGAAUCAGGGGUCUUCCCUGGUCCUGUUCGGUGGAUGAAGUGCAGAGGUUUUUCUCAGGUACCGGUUGCAAAAUGCUUAACAAUGGAGGCGCAAUCCACUUCACCUACACAAGAGAGGGACGUCCAAGCGGGGAGGCAUUUGUGGAACUGGAGACGGAAGACGACCUGAAGAUUGCUGUGAAGAAGGACAGAGAAACGAUGGGUCACCGAUAUGUUGAGGUCUUUAAAUCCAACAAUGUGGAGAUGGAUUGGGUCAUGAAACACACUGGCCCAAACUGCCCAGAGACAGCGGGAGAUGGGCUUGUGCGUCUCCGGGGCCUUCCCUUUGGCUGCAGCAAGGAGGAGAUAGUACAGUUUUUCUCAGGGUUGGAAAUCGUGCCAAAUGGGAUAACAUUGCCGGUGGACAUCCAGGGGAGGAGUACGGGGGAGGCCUUCGUGCAGUUUGCUUCACAGGAUAUAGCUGAAAAGGCUCUAAAGAAACACAAGGAAAGAAUAGGGCACAGGUACAUUGAGAUCUUCAAGAGUAGCCGUGCCGAGGUGCGAACUCAUUACGAACCCCAGCGGAAGCCCAUGGGCAUGCAGAGACCUGGCCCCUAUGACCGGCCCUCUGGCGGUCGUGGUUACAACAUGAUGGGCAGAGGCGGAUCCUAUGACAGAAUGCGUCGAGGCGGCUAUGGCGGGGGUGUAUCGGAUGGACGAUAUGGCGAUGGUGGCUCUUCAUUUCAGAGCACAACAGGCCACUGUGUCCACAUGAGAGGCCUGCCUUACAGAGCCACAGAGACAGAUAUCUACAACUUCUUCUCUCCUCUAAAUCCUGUGCGGGUUCAUAUUGAGAUCGGCCCCGAUGGUCGGGUCACUGGGGAGGCAGAUGUCGAGUUUGCAACUCACGAAGAUGCCGUGGCGGCCAUGUCCAAAGACAAAGCCAACAUGCAACACCGCUAUGUGGAGCUGUUCUUAAACUCAACAGCAGGUGGCAGUAAUGGAGCCUAUGGCAGCCAAAUGAUGGGUGGCAUGGGGAACCAGUCAUCUUACAGCGGAGGCCAGCUAAGCUCAGGGUACUCUGGUGGAUACAGCAGCCAAGGAAAUAUGGGAGGCUACAGUGAUUACAGUAACCAGGGCGGAAUGGGAAGCAGUUACUAUGGCGGCAGUGGUGGAGGAGGAAGUAGAGGCUCAAUGAAUGGACUUGGCGGGGGGUGGGGAAUGUAGUAAUUUUUGUUUAUUUUUCUUCUCCCCCUCCCCUUUUUUUUAAUUCAGCAUUUUGCAAGAAGAACUGGAAAAUAAAGUAUGAGGCUGUUUUGAAAAUACAGCAGAGGGGUUGCGCUUUUUUUUUUUUCCUUUUUUUUUUUUUUUUUGAAGUGGAUGAGCUACAGAGAGAAUUCUAAGUUGUCAUAAGAAAUGUCUUGAGAUGUCAUCUUUCCCAUUCCUCACAGAUCUGACACAUUACAAAAACCGUGCUUUAAUUUCCAUUUCCCAGAAGCGUUGCUUUGUGUUACUGUUCACCAAACAUCCAGCUGUUCCUCAUGGUUAACUCUUCCUGUGCUGGUAGAUUUAACAUGUAAUUCAAAGUCUGAGUGCAUGAGUGGGAAAAAUUGUAAAUGUCCGGUGUCUUGAUGUUUUAGACCUCAUUUUUCUUCUUCUACAUUGUGUUUAGGUUGUUUCUUUUUCAGUUAAGAUGUUAUAAUCUCAAUUCAGUCCUUUUACAUGAUCUGAGUGUUUGGCUUUCUACAGUGUUUUUUUUUUUCCCCUCCCUUUUUUGCGGAUGAAGGCUGUAUAUCAAGGGCAAUUGAAUUUCACAUUUGCUACGAUGGAGGUUUUUACUGCUUCAAAUGCCAUUUGUAUUUUUUGUGCACAAAGUCAAUAAACUAGUCUGGAAUAUCCAAUUAUCCAGUUGAACCAA